UCCACGAAGCCGGUCCCUGGUUUCCCAGCAGCCAAGACGCACGUAGUCUCCUGCCCCAGACAGUCAUUCUGAUCCCUGUCCCAGCGUUGGUGCCUGCUCCUGCCGCCCACCCACAGGCUUCCUCCCAGGCCGCCGAGAUGUCUGUCCCGGUGGAGGACGUCAUGAGGCUGCUGUGCUCCAUUUGUGAGAACAAGAAAAUGAGAGCGACCUUCAAACACUCAGUCAGGGGUGCUCUUAUUACUAGUGCUGUGGCCAUCACUGGUUUCAUCCUUGGUGGCCCCCCAGGAAUGGCUGUUGGCGGGUCCGCAGGGGCGCUCUUAGGGGCCUGGAUGUCAAGUGGGCAAUGUCAGUCUGUCCCUGAGAUCCUCAUGGAGCUGCCGCCCGCUGAGCGACGGAAGCUGCUCCGUGAGUUCAUGGCCAUUGUCCAGCACCUCGACUGGAGAGACACAGAGGAGCUGACCGACAUGGUCAUGGACAGGAAGGAACUGCAGCAACCGGUGGUGGACAUGCUGGUGCACUACGUCACCAACGAGCUCGGGGCCAAGGUUUCCUUCGAGGCCCUCGAAGACACCCAUCACAGUGGAAGACCCCAUGAGGCUGCUGAGCUCCAGAUCAGGGGAGGAGAAAAUAAGGCUGCGCAGGUUCCCUCUCUUGAUCGGCCCAUAGCUUCUGGUAGCCGGGGCCAGGAUUGCAGGACCGCCAGGACUAACCAUCAGCGGCGCCGCCCUCGUCCGGCUCCCAGGGGCUGGGAUGACCAAGGAGAAGACGCAGCUGAUGCCUCGAGUCCAGAAAAAGACAUGCACGUAUAUGUGGGAGCUGGUCAGCAGGGUGCAGGUGGUAACUAGUAACCUGUGUUUCCUUUAGCCGACGAGCUGCCCAAGGUCCCCAGUAGCCACCACAGACGUCCCCGGCAGCUGGCGGACGUGCUGGGGGAACUCUUCCCCAGGGAGCCCAAGGGAAGGGCACAAGCAGCCCCUCGGCACCAGGGUCCCCAGGAGCGGCGGGGGCUGGGGUGCCCACAGAGCCAGGUGUCACCUUAACCCCUCCAUGCCCACGCUUUUCCCCCUCACGGCACACACAAGCAAACCACUGCAAUUCUGAGUCACACCAGAAAAUGAAUUGCGCUUUCGGCUGAUCUGAUGAAUAAAAUUGGUGUAAUUUUGAUUCAUUCA